AUGUUUGCGUCGAAUUAUCUUCUUCCAAAGCUCGUUUUGCUUGCGGUUUAUUUACCGCUCCGCCAUGCGUUUCCGUUGAACGCCGUUUCGGGCUCUGCUGAGUCUUCGGAGAGCAAUGACUCCGACCUGUGGUUCAAUCUCAGUGCAGCGGUCGCGCUGGUCCUGAUUGGAGGCGUCUUCGCUGGACUGACGAUCGCACUCAUGGGCCAGGAUGCAGUGCAUCUCCAAGUCCUCGCGACAUCCGGCGAAGGCCGGGAGCGAAAACACGCGCAGACAGUCCUCAACCUCGUUAACAAGGGCAAACACUGGGUCCUUGUUACGCUUCUGCUAGGCAAUGUCGUGGUCAACGAAAGUCUUCCGAUCGUUCUUGAUAAAACGCUCGGUGGAGGGUGGCCGGCCGUGCUGGGGAGUACGGUUUUGAUCGUAAUCUUCGGCGAAGUCAUCCCCCAGUCCGUCUGCGUCCGCUACGGCCUCCCGAUCGGCGCGUAUCUCUCGCCCGUGGUGCUGGUGCUAAUGUACCUCUUCGCGCCCGCCGCUUGGCCAACUGCUAAGCUCCUCGAUUAUCUCCUCGGCGAGAACCACGGGACAGUCUACAAGAAAGCCGGACUGAAGACGCUCGUGACGCUGCACAAGUCUCUCGGGUCCCAGCCCGCAGAACGCCUGAAUGAAGACGAGGUCACGAUCAUCACCGCUGUGCUCGAUCUCAAAGCGAAACCCGUCAAGAGCAUCAUGACGCCCAUGGAGCACGUCUUCACCGUGGCUAGCGACGCGGUGCUCGAUGAGGAGACAAUGGAGCGGAUCCUCUCCGCUGGAUUCUCGCGAAUCCCGGUCCAUGUCCCUGAAAACCAAGGUGAUUUCAUCGGGAUGCUGCUGGUCAAGACGCUUAUAACGUACGACCCCGAGGAUGCAAAGAAGGUUGAUGAAUUCGUCCUCGCCACACUCCCCGAAACGGGUCCGGGCACGAGCUGUCUCGAUAUCCUGAACUACUUCCAGGAGGGCCACAGCCAUAUGGCGCUUGUUUCGGAGAGCCCGGGGGAGAACGGCGGCGCGUUGGGCGUCGUCACGCUCGAGGAUGUGGUGGAGGAGUUGAUUGGGGAGGAAAUCAUCGACGAAUCUGACCGUCACGGCGAUCCUUCCAAGCCAACAAUCCCCUCCGUUCCAGUCCCAACGCCCCACGUGCAGAGACAACCCAGCUUCCCAACCCCGGACACCCGCACCCUCCGCCGCUCGUCAACGAACCCGAUCGCAAAAACGGGGCUCAUCAACUCUAUUACCCCUGAGCAACGACAACACCUCGAUAACCUUGCGCCGUCGAAUCUGGCGCGGAGUCCGAAGCAUACGAGGUUCCCGUUUGUUAAAAUCAAGCGGGCUAGUGCUGCUAAUGGAACUGGUAGUCGGAAGGAUGCGCCAGCUGAUGAGAGAACGCCGUUGUUGGAUUCUUGA